AUGACUGAAUUUCGAAUGCCCCUCCACCAGGGACCUCCUGCCCGGAAGCCCAUCGGUGGUGCCCAGCACGGAUACGGAUAUCAGCAUUACGGUUCUCCACGGGGUCAACUUGCUCCUCACCCAGCAGGCCCUCAAAGUGCGCACAGUCGGACUCGCACGACGUCUUCCAGCGUAUUGCCCUACCAAUCCUCCCAGCAAUACCACGGCGCUCCCCCACCGCCUCCUCUUCCGCAACCCAUGAACCUCCCCCACCAUCCCCCUUCUAGACGUACGUCCAGCACGACAACGUCGAACUCCUCGAUUGGAAAUCACCCGAUGGCGCAUACGGGGCAGGGAGUGUCCGACAUCCGACGAACUGCCUCGUCUCGUUCUGCCAACUCUCAGCUUGGAUAUGUGGCCCUCAUGCGCCGUCAAAAGGCCACUGUUUGGUGCGACCGGGCUCAACCUGAAGACGCCAGGCUGCGCGAGCAGGCCAUGCGGGACAAGAAGAGAGCCUACCUCGAGGUUCAUGGAUCAGGCGCCCGUCCAGGAACUUUGGGUAGCGGCAAAAUUAAACACGGUCCCAAGGGUGUAGCUGAUUUCUCGCCCUCAAACCUCGUGGGCGCUAAGGUCCCCGUCCGAUUGAGUGCAAACGAGAUUGGCGACGGAGACUAUGAUGAUCAUAGCAUCGAGGGUGCCGCAGUUCACAGACGGACCGGCAGUGGCCGCAGCUCCCUAGGAAGCGCCCACCGUUAUCCAAGUGGAUACACGAGACCACAGGGGACCAUGGGCAGCAACAGCACCCCUCCAAACGAGAAGACCGACCUACCAGAGGUGUCCGAAAACACAUCAGCAGAGAUUCAAGAAGAAGAAAAGAGUCGGAUGUCAUCUCUAAUCAAGGAUGAUGCCGCCACAACGCAUAGCAGCGAACAGGAACAAGAAGAUGCCGUGGGUGACAUGCAGGCACCGAGUGCCGCCACUGCAGCAGCCGAGAAAGCCAAGAAGGCAGCUGACCUUCGACGAAGAGGAAGUGUGGACGAACGAACUACUUCCAUGACUAAUGUGCGACUAUUCGUCGCAAACCCCGAUUCCGACAGCGAAUGA